AUGUCUAAGAUUGAGUGGGCAAGCUCGGUAGACAUUCUGUAUGAUGCUAUGUUCAUGUUGCAUGAACAAGGUGAUCUUCCUGAUGGGGUCGAGCCACAGCUACGGCCACAAAAUCUUAUCGAAGAGAAGCGUACUGAUAACACCGGUAAACUAUUCUAUAGUAUUAUGAAUGGUCAUGGUGUUAAGGACUUUAAAUUCCCUAAACUAAAACCAUAUGAUGAUGAUCUUGAUGAAUUCAGAAGCAAGCGUGAGGCUAUGUCUAAACCGAAGAGCCGUACGGCUCCGCACUUGGCGGAGUCGCGCGGCUAA